AUGCCUUGGAUAGUCAUUGGAGAUUUUAAUAUGAACUUCAAUCAAUCUGAAGAACUAGGAGGUCUACCUUUCAACAAAACUAAUAGUGCAUACUAUGCUAAUAUCUUAGAAAUAUCAGGUCUUUAUGGCUUAGGCUAUUCAGAUAAUGAUUACAUUUGGGACAACCAUCGAGAAGGGAAUCAAAAUAUCCAUGAAAGACUAGAUAUAGCUGUGAUUAAUGAUAAAUGGCAUACUCAUUUCCCAUAUGCUUAUCUUCCUCACUUAGUAGCAGUAGGCUGCCCCAUCUUGCUCACUUUAGAUUCUCAAAUAUCUAAAUCUGAAUGGGUCUUUAAAUUCUAUGACAUCUGGUUGAAAGAUCUCUCUUGUUUACAAGUAAUUCAGGGAUCUUGGAAUGCUAUCUAUGAAAUGAAAGCAUCAUCUAGGCUAGUCCAUAAUCUUAAAUAG